AAAGAGAGAGUUAGGCAGGCAGGCACCCGCUGGCUGUUCGCUCCGUCGCUCCGCACUUUCCUCCCACCCAAGUAUCAAUGUUGUCUGGCAAUGGUGUGUAAGGAGAACGUGGUAUCAUGGUUUGGAAAUCUGUCCAGUUAUAAACGUAUCGAUGUAAUGUGCACAUUGCUGAACAUGUGCUUGCCGUUCGAAGUACGGUACCUCGGCACGUGUGUCGAGGAUAUCGGCAAGCGGGACUACAAUGAUCUGCGCGACACGGAGCACCAUGCGAAUAGUGCCUCCGAGCUGGCUGAGCUGACGACGUCCAGUGUGACGGACAAGCGCACGCGAAGAAAACUGGCACUUUACAUGGCACUCUUGCAUUCGUGCAAUUACACAUGUGCGGUGAUCUUGUACAAGAAUCUGUCGAACCUCGAUCACCAGGAGAUCACCAAUCUGCUAAACGGGACCACCUUCCACGUGGAUAACCAACCAUUGGAAGAGUUGCUGUUGCUGUAUACGAUGGCACUGAAUCACCCGGCCUUCACAUACGAGCAGAAGAGCGUCUUUGGCAACAUAUUCAUCAAGCUCCAAGAGGAAGAGACUCGUCUGAAUCUCUCAAAGAUUAACUCUUCUUUCAAACCGACACAAGGUUGCACGCCACCAUGCAUGAGCACAAACGAGAGGCUAAUGGAGCCUGAGAUUCCGGGCAGCUGUUUAAUGCCACCACCACCAAUGCAGCCUUAUCAUGGAGAAAUGGCGAUGAGGAACAAUGCUAUGGUCACUGGAGUACCUCCCGGCCUCACGAUACCCCCACCAGGACUGUGCCUGCCCGGUCCGGAGCAAAUGCCUAUGGGAUCCGGCGGUAGUACGCAAUACGUUCAUCUCGGUUUCCCGUCCGUGAACCACAUGCCCCCAUGGACAGGUCAGGUUAUGAUGGGAAACCAGCUGAUGUAUCACACUGGUGACAUGUUGGCUUAUCCACCUUCUCCCUUAGUCAGUCGCCAGUCCUCGCCGUCCCAGUCGCGAUCUCCUAGUCGCAGUAACUCGCCGAUGGGCCGUGGCAGGGCUAACGCUAAUCCGCGCACCUCGUCCUCGCAAGUAAUCCAGUCCACCUCCAACACUCUGACGACUUCGUCGAGCGGCUCUAACAGUCAAACGAGCAUCUCCGGCUCGGGUGCGACUAACAGCAGUAACAAUAACGGCAACAAUAACAACAAUUCCCUGCCGCCCCUACCAGCGCUCGGUGCAAGUAGAAGUCUUCCUAGUCAACCGCCGUUGCUGCCGUCAUCACGGUCCGUUCCUCUGUCCGUCACGAGCUCUUCAACCUUCUCGCGGCACAACAGCGUUGACAAUACCUCGUCGUCCACCCUGAUCCCGGCGGCCCAGUCGAAACAGUUGCCGCCGCCGCCGCGACUUCGAUCGUCGAACGGCGAUUCUCUCCGGGAAACUUUGGGCAAAGAGAUGCCGAAUUUCAAGGGCAACUUGCAAAAUUACUCACUCGAUGAGAUCAGAAGGAUGAGCGAUGAGGACUUGAGGGAUAUCGGCUUGACACCGAACGCGGUGGGACAGUUGAGGAGUAUAGUCAAGAGUCAAACUAGCAACGGCUUGAACCAAAUUUCAGCUGAUAAAAAGCUGGAUUGCACGAGCAACGUUACGCAUCCGGUCGCAGAAUCGAUUGAGAACGAGGUUGCACCAGGAAUGGAGGUUUUGAGUGAUAAUAGUAAUUCAAGCGGGAAAUCGAUGCCACUGCAAGAACAACAUCCGGCGAUGCAUCAUUAUCAUAAUCACAUAACCACUCCCAACGUACGGCGUUAUCCCGCCGUGCCAUCAAUAGAUCCCGCGCAAAUACAGAUGUAUCCUGCUCCGCCACAAAUGUACACAGCCCAGAAUUCACAGUGUUAUGCUUGCCUCGCUUUACCAACUAUAGCUGGAAUGCCAAAUCGAUAUUCAAGGUGUAAUGCUCAGCACGUGUAUUGUCUCGCGCAACUGCAAGGGCUGCGGCUCGAUUCCGAGGGUAGCCGACAGUGUUCUCACAGUAGUAGUUCCGACAGCACUGGGAGCAGAUCACCACCCGAGACGCCGCCGGCCGUGCCAUGGGUCAGUGGUGGCGCGGGCGACAGCAACGUCGCGCCGCCCGUCACCGAUCACAUGAACUCCGUGCCGGUGCACUCGACGGCGCCGCCUCACGUCGCCGCAUCCUCGGCGCAACAGUCGAUGCCGCAGCAGUCCUCGGUGCCACCGGAGAGCAGGCAGCUUACCAGGAAGAAUCCGCCGGUGCGUACAAUGCGACAGAAGAGCCAGGGAAUACUGAACGGGGCCGGCAAUGGGAACGGCGGACCGCCAAGUCUACCGCACUGCGUCUCCUUCCCGGCACCGCCGACACAUUCGCAACUCACAUAUUUGCCGCACGGCCACUUCCCGGCGACGCUACGACCCAGUAGCGGUAUCUACUCCAACUAUCUGCAUGGACCGUCCGCGAGACCGGCCUACCCCGCGGCGGCGUACCAACCGAACGGGGAGAUGAUGUAUCCGUAUACGGGGCAUCCCGCAUCCGGCAGCACCCCGCCCCCACCGCCGCCGAACGCGGCCACCGCGACGCCGGUACAAGCGUCGUACAUGCCGCCGACACCGGUGGUAACAUAUGCAGCAGCGGUGAUCCCGCCGACGAAGAUCUGCUGCUACAACUGUGGCAGUAGUAGUCACCUUGCGGUAGAUUGCAAGGAUCAAACGAUGGAGGACCUCACGAAGAAAGCCCAAUAUCGGCUGGACUACACGAUAAUGAAGCAGCCUGGGGAGUGCCCGAGUUCCGACAAGUGAUCCCCUGCCACGGAUCUUCUUGUUACCACUCGUCACAAUUAUCACCGCCACUAUAACCGCAACUGUUGCCAUCAUCGUCAUUACCAACACCGUCACUACUACCACCACCACUACCACCAUCACCAGCAGCACCGCUGUCACUGUAAUCAGCAGUACGCCAGUAUGAAUCUAUGUAUGGACAAGACGUCGCGAGAUGACGACCGUUACUGUUCCUCGUUUCAGUUCUCGGUAAUAUUUGUGAAUGUCCGACGUUAUACUUGGAACGAUGAUUACGACGAUGCUAAUGCUGACGCAGACGCUGACGUUGACGAUGACGAUGACGAUGACGCUGAUGCCAUACUCGACAAGCUUGAUAGCAGCAAAGUUUUUCUAACCGAGAACGUCUCACGGUUCAUGGUAUCGGGUAUACCUUUUGCAACUUCUUAUGUAUGAUAGUUGAUCGCAAAGAAAUGAUCUAAUCGCAAAACCGUGUAAAAUAUGGUGUAGUUGUAUUGUACAAAGCAGAAACGAGGCGAGAAAUAAUCAUGAGAGGCUGCGCGAUGUGGAACACGAUGUCUUGCCUGUGUUUCUUUUACGUAAGACACCAGUUCAAAAGAUUUUUCAGUUUAAAAUAGCGAUUCGCGACACUUCUACUACAGCGACACACUUCUCGGCCACUUGUCACUGGGAUCCUUCAACCCAGCGGUGUUUCCACACAUGCUCCUUCCUGUAUCCCGCAAAUUAUCUCGUAACGAUUACCCAUGAACGGAACACGAUGAUGAAGAACGCAUUGUGCUCCGGACAGGAAAGGGGGGAAAAUAAAAUCAUGCGUGGUUCGAACAUAUUUAGCAAUCGAUAUUUCUAAUCUACUAUGUCUAUCACUACUAUUAAACUAUUACUCUAUUACUUCUACUGUCGCCACUCUGCGCCACGUUUUUAUGUACAUAUAUUUUUCUCAAUUCUUACAUGCGCGAUGAAUCAAUAAUAAUGUGUGAAAAGAAAAAGCGUGUAAUAUAUGUGAGAUAAAGGUGCGUGCGUGCGUAUGUGUGUGUGUGUGUGUGUGUGCAUGGUGUGUAUAUGCGCGCGCGUGUCGCAUGCAUGCGAGCGUGUAUGUGUAUAAAUGUAAGAGGAAGGUAGGAUGCAAGAGGCAGAAAAGGGAUGGAAGGGAAGAAAAAAAAAUAAAACGUGACGGAGGAAAGAGAGAGACGAGGCUAAGAAAGAUGAGAGAAUGCGAGAACAACAAACCAAAAGUGUUCGAUUAUCUAGCUGCCGUUGCGCUUCUAUAUGUGCUUGUUCCGCGCGCGUGCGUAUGUGUGUAUAUAAAAUUACAUAUAUAUAUAUAUAUAUAUUAUAUAUAUAUCUACAUGUCUCUACUGCUCACAAAUCGUUUCUUAUCUUAUAGAUAGUUGGUAGUUAGAUGGCGAUACUGUUCAUACACGAGUAGUCAUGCGAUUGCACGUGCAUUUGAGACGAUUUUAUACGACUUUUAUCGAUCGCCCGUGUCUUUGAGCGUAAUCAACGUUAAGCUUUUUUACGCAUUCGGUUGCAGCAAGUUAGGUGUUAAGCGUGGUUAACUAAAGUCCCCCCCCCCGCUCUGUAUUUCUGUUUGUAUCAUAGAGCAAUUAUUUAAAAAAAAAAAACAGAAUCAUCGAGCAGAUCUUUUGCGCUGUUAACAAUCGUGAGAACCGUAGAUCUUCGUAAUUGAGACACGCCUGAUUUCGCGAUAUAUUUUCAACAUAUGCAAGUACAAUGUAUUCACACAUACACACUUGGAGGGUUUACUCAAUUUUUUCCCUCUUAGAACGUGAGACCUUUUCUUUAUCUCUCUUAGAUCUUUAGAAGCUGUUAGAAAUGUGUAAAGCACACCUGCACACCACGUGAACACAAUCUCGGGAACACGUGCUUCUUUUAGUUUGCGCUAGUCGACAUCCUUUACACGCGAGCAUGAAUUUUCACGUCGUUUUAUGCGCCGAGGAAACAAAACUGAUUAAAAUAGUUAACCAAAGUUGCAACACACUGUUGGUGCAAUGGGCCCUUAGGGAGCAACAGUGAAGGGUAAAACUGGAUACGAGCGGAGUGACAGGCCGCUAUAGCGAAACUAACUACUGGUGCAUUUAAGACAGGAUCGUACGGAUUCUCAUUGACGAAUGCGAUAACACUGCUCGAUACACCCUUUGUACACGGACGAACUUUCGCAGUUGGGAUCCCGAGAAUCGCGAAUUGUCCGCCUCACAGAAUUAUAUAUAUAUAUAUGUAUAAAUAUUUUCUGGUACGAAAUUGGUAUUACCACGAAAGUCACUGGUAUAUAUGUGUAUGGUGUGUGUGCGCCCGCGCACACGCACACACAUACGUAUAUACCGAGACAAACGGGAUAGUUGGACGAUGUUAAGUAGAUAGAGGGAAACCAAUGCGAUAAGAGGGAAGCUCUUUGUGCUAUUUGUAAAGAAUUUACGGAAAUGAGACUAAAAAAUGCUGCUAUGUAGCGUUGAUAAGCCAAAUCGGACAUUUUCUGGGGAACGUAGAUAUAGGGUUCCUCGGAUUUUAUUUUUCGAAGUGAUAUCGUCAAACUCGUUAUUGUCGCAAAGUGUUAUAUAAGAUGAAAUCAAACUACAUCGGCUGUCGUGAAUGAUAUAGGAGAUUGAGCCGAAUUAAUUUUUCGCGUCACGUCGUGAAGCGAUGCAUUUAUUUAGUCAAAGAUCGCCAAGAAAAGUUAUUAUUGUCACUCGAAUAGGUGGUAGAAUACUGCCGUCUUCACUUUGUCUUUAUAUUUUGUUGCAAUCUCUGUAUGUAAUGGACAAAUCACGAGAAACACUUAAAGAAGCAAAUUCAGUUGUUGAGUGCCCGGUGUGCUUGUUUUAUUUAAAUGUGCUGCGUAGGUUUUCAGUUGAUUCGGCCAUCAUUUCUUUUCAUAAUCGUCCGUGCAAUUUUCAUUAAAUUGUUUUAUAUAAUACCGUGCAACGAAAUUAUGUAUUAGAAAUACGACGAAAUAUAAAGAUGCUUGGCACUAAUUAAAGAUUCAAUGUGUUGACGCGAAAAGUUAAGAUAGUAUUGAAAUAUGGCGAAUGUAUAUUAAAAAAAAAGAAAGAAAAGAAAUGAGACAUACGUGUACAGGAGUGCCGCAUAAUUUCUGACUAUUAUAUGUUCCUUGAACAGUUUAAUUUCCUUUUAUCGAAAUUAUAUAUAUUUGGACAUUAAUAAUUUUAUUAAAUCAAUAGCUUUUGCUAGUGAUUCAAAAGAAGAAGUGAAAUGCAAAUCAAUCGGAAGAAUCUGUUCAUUAAAAUUAAACUGUGGGACUUCUAUAUUUGAUUACAUAUAUUAUAAUGACUUCUGUCCACGUAAAAAGACACAUGUCUUUCUGGGUUGCAAUUUCUUACUGUUAUUACAAUCUCGUGCUAAAGAAUAGUAUUUAUUUGUAAAUGUAGAGCUGAUCACACUCAUCCAUAUCCACAAAUUAUUGAAUAUUAACAAAUCUCUCUCUCCGUUAUCAAAUUUUUUUAUCGUUUUACCUGUUUUUAUAGUUUCUGUCCUUAAAGUGUACCAAAUUCAGUAGUGAAGAUGUCCUUUGAAUCCACAGAUAUCAGAAAUCUAGAAAAAUAUGAAGGCUGUUAACAGAUCAAGAUGUUAUAAUAAAAAAUUAAAAUUAAACAUGGGGUGUUCAAGAAUUCUGACGAAUUCAAUUUGAAAGAUUUAAUAAAAAGUUGAGCCAUAAUUUAUCUACAUGAAAAGUUUGGUUUAUCUUCAAGAUAUUUAAUAUGAAAAAGUAAAAAAGUAAAUUUCGUACACGAAGUUUUCAUUACGUAAAAAUUGAUUAAUUUUUCUAAGCUCCUUUUCCAUUCUCGCAUCUGUGGCUAGAAGGAUAUCGGAUAAUUCUUAGACCAUCCAUUAUGCGUCUCAUACUGAUUGUGUUCGGUAGUUCCUGUAUACAUUCUUUUCGCAUUGGGUGAAAUCUCUGCGAAAGAAAAUUAGUGGCCGUUUCUUGGAAAAUUGUUGGUUCCAGCAUGUGCUCGUUUGUUACUAAAAUCAGCCCCGUCAUAAAAAGAUUGACAAUUUGGGCAUUAGAUGUUGCAGUUCCUGUUACUGUUAAAAAUUGCAAGAAUGUUAGAAGGACAUCUGUCGCACAUAUGUAUAUACAAGUAUUUGGGAAGAUCGGUAUAGAUGGCUUGAUCUUCGUUCUUUAUUUGUUCAAAUAAUUAGCGUGAGAUCCGAAGUGAAGUCAAUAUUUUAAUAUUGGUUUAGAUAAUUUGCAUUGUUGAGAAUGCGUUUUUGAUAACGUCAUUUUUUAGAGAUUGUAUACCGAUUACUUAAUCAACGGGUCGUUCCGGUAUAAAAAUUUUUCUAGAACUACGAAACGUAAGAGCACAAUAGCUGGAAAAUAAAAAGAAGUACAAGAUUCUGUCAAGUAAUAUCAAGGUUACUAGUUAAAAAUUUGAUAGGAGUCAAAACUGAUCGCUUUGACUUCUCGAGUGUUAAGAUAAGUUGAUUACGUCCGUUGUUAAAUAUAUAGCAACAAACUGUGUCGAACAAAAUUUGUAUAGUGACUGUGAAUAAUGCAUAUUACUGUUCAUAUAUAUAAGUUGUGAAUAUG